CUCUGAUUGGUGGAUAGAAGCUUCUAUGUGCACUGUGCAUGGAAGGGAGGAAGCUCAGGCUUUGGCAUGCAGCAAUGAAGAGGGUUGUGGAAACCAAAGAAAUCACCAGCCAAUCACAGGACGCAGGGAGCAUGGAAAAUAAGGAGAAUGGCUCCGUGGAUUCUAAAAACUCAGUGGAGAAUGGAAGACCUCCAGAUCCGGCACAUUGGGCUGUGGAUGAUGUUGUCAGUUACUUCACGGCAAAUGGAUUUGAGGAACAAGCCAAAGCGUUUAAGGAUCAGGAAAUUGAUGGGAAAUCUCUUCUUCUGAUGACCCGAAAUGAUGUCUUAACGGGACUUUCCCUGAAGUUGGGUCCAGCUCUUAAAAUCUAUGAGUAUCACGUGAAGCCCCUGCAGAUGCAACAUACAAAGAACACACCUCCAUAAUACAAGAAAACAUUGGCUUGUUUUGUGGCCACAGGACAAUUGUGUUUUGUUUGACCAACAAUAUGGAAAUCUGCCACCAAAUCCGAGCCAGCAAUGAUAUAUCCUGGAGGAUUCCUAACCGAGAGAGUUCACAAGUCCGUAGCUCUCAACUGUCCCAAGUUAUGGAUCCUGGAAGAGAUGGGGCUCAGGGGAGUGGGUGUGUAAAAAAAACUUUGUAACAAGAGGGUUGCCUAGGAUAUAGGGUGAGGUUUAAACUUAUUAUAACCUUUCAGGAGAGGUAGAAUUUGUUUUUAAAAAUUUUAGUGGCUCUUUUUGAAAAAUGUUCAGUAGCUGUUGUUGGUGAGCUACAAAAGAGAGCAGACCCUAGAAAGCCUGUGCAAUAUAUUUUUCCUAAGGUGUUUACCCAUAUUGUAGAAUAACUUUUAAACGUAUAGCUUUGACAAUCUCGAUAAAGCUGGAUUUAUA